AAUUUUACUUUUCACAGUUGGCUGUCUUAUCAACUGUAACCCUUACAGAGCAAAAGUGGGCGUGGUUUAGCCGAACUGCACACACCAUGCUAUCCCUUCCACCAUGGUUUAGCCUCCUAUUCUCCUACUCCAUGGUCAAAUCAUCUCCGCAAAUCAUGACAAGGGACAGGGCAGACAGAAAUACCAGUAAAUUUCAACAACAAUAUCGAGGCACUUGACAGGUUUUCUAAUAAAAGAAGCUCUAAUAAUCAAAUCGUUAGGCCUAUGAAUUUAAUUGUUCCUGAAUGUAAUGCGUGGUACUUUAAUCUUCAGUAGAAGACAAAAAUCCGGGCAAAAACAUUGGCCGUUAAAAGAAGACAGAUUUUCUAACCUGAAUAGUCGUCAACUUUAACAAUUAACAUCGCACUUUGUAGAACAGAACAUUUAUUUCUACGAAAUUCUUUCGUCUCGUGUAAAGACGCGUUGAAUAUGUCUACUUUCAUCAAAAUUGAAAAUGCGGAUUCUAAAGUGUCAAAUUACCGAAAGUGUAUUUUAAAAUAAUUUUUUGUCUAAUAACAUUUUAUUGAAUUACAGCUUUAAAAGAAAAAUAUUGAAAAAGUGUUAUUUUUAAAAAACAAUUUUUCACUGAGAUACUUUUUAUAAGAUACAAAAAAAUUUUAAGUGAGCUAAAACUUUUGAACAUACAUUUGAUACAGCUAAAAUUUUCAAAAUAAAUAAUAAGCUUAUUUUUUUAUUAAUAGACGAUUGACACAUUCUGAUUUUAAUAUAAAGUUUAAUAGUAUGUAAAAAUUUACUACAUGUAUAGUUUUAUCAGAAUAUUGAAAGGAAAUAAAAUUUUAAAGAUUCUCAUACAUAUGGAUACCACUAAGCAUUACAAAAAUCGAUUUGAGGAUUAUUCUACUUCUGUUGGCCAUAACAUAAUUAGAAAUGAUACUAAUAUGAUUCAUGAUGAAUUUAAAUCAUUAUUGUCAUCAGAAAUUAAUAAGCUUAUAGAGAUAUUGAAAAAGAACGAAAGAAAUUGGAUCAAUAGCAAUGACUACUCUGUAUACACUGGACAAGCAGGAAUUGCAUAUACAUUAUACCAUUAUGGAAAAUAUUUCAAUGAUUCUGUGUAUAUCAAUAUGGCAACAGAAAUUUUACAAAAAUGUGCUACAGAAUUCAAAAGCAAGCAUAAACUCACAUUUCUAACUGGAGUUGUAGGUCCAUUAGCUUUGACAGCAGUUCUAUUACAAUCACAACAAAAGAAGGAAGAAGCAGAACAAUUCAUUCUUAAGCUAAAAUCGUUAUCUACUUAUGUUUUGGACAAAUCUACUGGUAUCUCAGAUGAAUUACUAUAUGGAAGAGCUGGAUAUCUAGCUAGUUUACUAUAUGUAAAUACAAAUAUAGCUCCAGCUCCUAUAGAAACAGAUCUCGUCGAAAAAGUUGCUUCUCAUAUAAUUAAUUCUGGAAUAUCAUAUGCUUUAUCAAAUCAUAGCCAAUCACCUUUAAUGUAUUCUUGGCAUGAUAAAGAAUAUAUUGGUGCUGCUCAUGGAUUAGCAGGCAUAUUAUAUUUGCUAUUGCAGGCACGACUGUAUUUAACACAAGCACAGAUUGACAAUUAUAUAAAACCAUCUUUAUAUUAUCUUAAAAAAUUACAAUUUUCUUCUGGAAAUUUUCUUUCUUCAGUGGGCAGUCCUUCUGAUAGAUUAGUACAAUGGUGUCAUGGAGCACCUGGGAUGUCUGCGCUGUUCUGUUUGGCUUAUAAGGUGUUUGAGGACAGUACAUUUUUAGAGAUUGCAAUACAAUGUGGAGAAGUAAUAUGGGAACGAGGAUUAUUAAAAAAGGGAUAUAGUAUUUGUCAUGGAGUUGCGGGAAAUGGUUAUGCUUUUAUACAUUUAUUCCAACAAACAAAGGAUAUCAAAUAUUUAUAUCGGGCUUGCAAGUUUGCCGAGUGGUGUUUUCAUUAUGGAUUACAUCAAAAUCGAUCUCCUGAUAGACCUUUUUCUUUAUUUGAAGGUUUAGCUGGUGUUAUUUAUUUUUUAUUAGAUGUACAACAACCACAUUCAGCUAAAUUUCCAACAUAUGAUAUCUAAAUAAGUAUUAAAAAAACUUAAUAAAUUUGUAUUUAAGGACUAUCUUUAGCCUUAAAAAUUUCUAGAUUUAUAUAUUUACGUAUUUCUCUUUUAUUAUUUAAAUUCAAAUGUGUAAUUUACUAUACCGUGUGUUUAUUAUAAAAAAAUCUAAAAUAAAAUAAUAAAAUAGUAAUAAAAUAAUAAUUAUAAUACAAUUCAAAUCGAGAAAGACCAACAUAUAGUUAUAGCAAGAUCAUAGUGCUGAAAAUAAUGUUCGUUUGACUUUUAAAUAUUGUAUACUUUUUAAUUUUUUGAACUGUAAGCAGUAAUGUUUGGUUUAAAAUACAAUUCAUAAAUUGAAAUAAUAUAACAAAAGUAAUGUUUCAAAAUUAAAAUGACAAUUAAUUUAAUAAUACUGAUGUUAAUAAGAUCUAUAAGACCUUCAUCUCUCUUCCUCGACAAAAAUUUGUUGCAAAAAAUAUUAAGCACGGUUUGAAUUUGAAUCUUCCUAUAUUCCGUGCGAAUAUCUUUAACCAAUUCGAUGUGUGCGUGCGUGCGCGAGUACGUGCGUGCGUGUAAUGCAAAAA